AAUGACUUGUUUUGUCGUUAAGGAUAAGUUCCAAAUGGUUGUCAAAACUAGUUUUCCUUACAAUAUUAGCGACUCUUUACCUUAACUUAUGUUCGGAUAACUUCUUGCAUUCAAAGCUCUAGCCUUGCUGCUCGACGUCAAAACAAGUUCUUACAUCCAAUUCCUACUACUUUUGAAAUUAACAAUUUUUAUUUGUUUCUUUCGGCACUUUUUCCUAGCGAUUCAAAACAUCGAUAUGAGCUUUGCGGAGUUGUUUCUGCGUCAAUGCUCAAUAAAGCACCAAAACCAAGAAUGGACGUUCUGAAGAACGGGCGGCAUAACGAAGAAGGAAGGACUCGAAGUUUCGGCGGGGAACCGAAAUGUGUCGGAAACAGAAGGGUAGGAAAAAAUUGUCCAUGCCAAAAGGAAACUCUGGCAUCUCCUCAGUACUCAUCUUCUUCUGGUCGGUGAUUGGACCUUAUUGGAUUCGAGUUGGGCUGAAGAAUUUGAAGAGAAUCAGAGGACACAAGAUGGGUUUGAGUCUCAGAGCCAUUAUGAUGCUGAGUUUGACAGUGCUUCAAAAUGUGAUUGGCCGACCAUCUUGGGAAUGGAACGACGAGGGAUCACUAUCACCAUCUACCAGUCACCACAGGGUCAAACGAUGGGAAGAGUUUCCAAACGCCACGUUCACUUUUGAUUGCACCGACCGAUCCAUCGGAUUCUACGCAGACCUCGAAUUUGACUGCCAGAUCUUCCACUUAUGUGAUGCCGCAGGUCGGAGGGUGCCAUACAUGUGCGAUAAGAUGACGGCUUUCAAUCAAAAGUAUCGCGUGUGCGAUUGGGCUUACAACGUGGAUUGUGAGACAUCGCCCGAUUGGUACUAUUUGAAUGAUCUGACCUACGAAGCUCCUCCUCCAAAAGUGGAAUAUUGACCAACAGAAAUAUGAAUACGUGCAAUGAUGAAUUUCUCAUAGAAAAGAAUAUUGCACAAUUUGAUGAUUAAACUAUUCUCAAA